CUCAUCGUCCACACAUUACACAUCGACGCGUCUGAUCGCCGGCCAUAAUCGAUUCGGUGCACACGCUUGAAUCUAUUGAGCAGCUGAUGAUAGUGCUCAUGUCGUAAAUUGACGCCCAAGGGCUCAGGGCAAUCCCAAUGCUCGUUGCUGGAAGACUAGGGCCUGCUUAUACAAUCAUGCUUUCGCGGACUGUUCACAGCUGCGGGAGGCGACACUUUUACAAUCUGGGCUGCACGAGAACCGCGACUUGGAAUCUCGCAUAUCACUCGUCGGCGAGGGAUGGCGUUCGUCGUACCUUCGCCCAAUCAGCCUUGCUAAACCGAGAUGACGCCGCCAAAAGAUCGAUUCAAGCCAGCAAGGUUGCAGAAGCCCCGCCCAGCCGAGCAGAAGGCGCCGAAGUUACCAAGCCAGAGACCUUACAGGGUACCAACACGGCCAAAGCUGCCGAAGAGACAGCCAAAAAGGAUGCGACUCUCUUAUCGGAAAAGGUCGUGUCCAACAAGGAACAACGUAAAGUCGACUUUGCGAUUAUGAAAGAAAUGCUCCAAUAUCUCUGGCCUAGGGGAGACUGGGGAACCAAAGUACGGGUUGGAGCAGCCUUGGGCCUUCUGGUGUCGGCCAAGAUAUUGAACGUCAACGUACCCUUUUAUUUCAAGAACAUUGUCGACUCGAUGAACAUUGAUUUCUUGGCCGUUGGCGGAACCGCCUGGACAGUUGCUGGCUCAAUGCUCGUCGCUUACGGAGCCACCAGAAUCGGCGCCACCUUGUUUCAAGAGUUACGAAAUGCCGUUUUUGCCAGUGUCGCUCAGAAAGCUAUAAGAAAUGUUGCUCGCAAUGUGUUUCAGCACCUGCUGCGCCUGGAUCUCAAUUUCCAUCUGUCGAGGCAAACUGGUGGACUCACCAGAGCACUCGACCGAGGUACGAAAGGCAUCAGCUUCUUGCUGACAUCUAUGCUGUUUCACAUCUUCCCUACCGUGCUCGAGAUUGGCAUGGUCUGUGGCAUCUUGACAUACCAAUAUGGAGCUCAGUUCGCCGCCAUCACCGGAGCCACGAUGGUAGCGUAUUCAGCCUUUACAAUCACUACGACGUCGUGGAGAACGAAAUUCCGGAGACAAGCAAAUGCAGCAGACAACCAGGGAGCUACGGUAGCAGUGGACACGCUUAUCAAUUAUGAGGCGGUCAAGUACUUUAACAAUGAGAAAUUCGAGGUCAGCCGCUACGACAAAGCACUCAAGAAAUACGAGGAUGCUUCUAUCAAGGUUACAACAUCAUUGGCGUUUCUGAACACCGGCCAGAAUGUCAUCUUUUCGAGUGCAUUGGCAGGGAUGAUGUAUAUGGCCGCAAACGGUGUGGCUGAAGGUUCAUUAACUGUGGGAGAUUUGGUGAUGGUCAACCAGUUGGUCUUUCAACUUUCAGUUCCAUUGAAUUUUCUGGGGUCGGUGUAUCGAGAACUUCGGCAAUCCCUUCUGGACAUGGAGACACUCUUCAACCUUCAGAAGGUUAACGUCACAGUGAAAGAAGUGGCUAAUCCAAGGCCACUGGCGCUGACUCGGGGCGGAGAAAUCAAAUUUGAGAAUGUCACCUUUGGUUAUCACGCCGACCGACCAAUUCUGAGAAAUUUGAGCAUGACUAUUCCGGCAGGGAAGAAAGUGGCCAUUGUCGGACCAAGUGGUUGUGGAAAGUCGACAAUCCUUCGACUGUUGUUUCGCUUCUAUGACGCAGAUUCUGGCACUAUUACCAUCGACGGUCAGAAUGUCCGUGAGGUCAGCCUGGACAGCUUGCGGCAAAGCAUUGGAGUGGUCCCGCAAGACACACCGCUAUUCAAUAAUACUAUUGAGCACAACAUUCGAUACGGCAAAAUCGACGCUUCCCUCGACGAUGUCAAACGAGCAGCUCAACGAGCCAGAAUCUUCGACCUCAUUGAACGUCUACCGGCUGGAUGGAACACCAUGGUCGGCGAAAGAGGUAUGAUGAUCUCAGGUGGUGAGAAGCAACGCCUUGCUGUUGCCCGACUGAUUUUGAAGGACCCACCUCUACUGUUCUUCGAUGAGGCUACAUCAGCACUCGAUACCUACACAGAACAGACACUUCUCCAGAACAUCAACAGUAUUCUGAAGGAGAAGGCACGCACAAGCGUGUUUGUGGCACACCGGCUUCGUACCAUUUAUGACAGCGAUAUCAUCUUUGUGCUGAAGGAGGGUCGUGUAUUUGAGCAAGGUACUCAUGCAGAGUUGCUUGCUAUGGAUGGAUUGUAUGCCGAUUUGUGGACCGCACAAGAAGUCUCCAUCGGGCAAGACAUGACGCUGGAGCGUUCAUUGGAAGAAGAGCGCCAGUCGGAGGAGAAAAAGAACUGAUAUUGCCCCCAUCAUGACCGAGUAUUGAUGGGUGACAGACUUAUUGGGCCCGAGAACCGAGCUUUGGCUCCAGAAGCAAGGCCCGAAGCCUCUGCACCUUUGAGUCCGACCGUGGUUCUCCACGCAAAUCUGAUGCACUCAAUGUCAAAGCCCGGCCUGCAGGGAGAGCAAGUUCUGUAGGUCCUGCCCUCUAUCUCGGAGGUCGACCAGAAAUGGACUCAGUUGCCAGAUUCACACAGAUACGAAGGUCCGAUAUCAAUGAAAGUACCUGGACAGCCAAGCAGUUCAGACGAGGUUACGCUGGAACCGAGAUGAUGGAAAGUCUGUUCAGAGACAGGGGUCACUUUCGCCCCCUGGCACGUGGCAUUCGCUUGCUGGGGGAAAUGCCCACACUGACCGCUCAAGAAGAACUUUUACUGGCGGAUCUGCUUCAGUCCGCCGAUCAUUUUGACUUCUAUGGCUUGCAUGGAAAACCACCGUCGUACGCAUGGCAAAGGCCGGCGUGCUUUGGAUAUAAGGGCUCGCUUGGAUACUCUGAAGGAAUGGAUACAGAUGGACAACGUCAUGGGAAAUGUUCAUGUAGGGUUAUAGUGAUCGCAUCUCCGUCCUCGAUGAAUAAGUAACUUCAAGAAAUUUCAUCAA